GGGGUCACAAUGCAGUCCUCCCCUUCGACGCUGGGGCCCGGGCGCGCAGCAGACACCUGCCAGGCUCCGCCUGGACCGGAGCGUCCUCCCGUGGCCAGGGCUCGGGCAGUUGCUUCCAGCCUGGGACCGGCCUCGGCCUCUGGCAGAGUGCCCCGGGGCCUGGACAUGAGUGCCCAGGAGACCCCACAGGGUCGAAGAUUCCCCAUUGAGGCCGGAGACUCCCCUGGCCUUGCCUCCGCCCCCGAGUCCCAGGAUAGCCCGGAGCCUGUAGCUACGGAUCAAAACCCUGUCAGGCCGCUCCGACGCUGCCCGGGCUGCCACUGUCUGACGCUGCUGCACGUGCCCAUCGACGUCUACCUGGCCAUGGGCGGGAGCCCCCGGGCCCGUGCUACCUGAGUGCGCCUGCGCACGGCAGCUCUGCAGGAGCCGGGACGGACGAGGCCAGCCGCGGGCCACCACGCUGAGGUCGCACGCGCCGAGCACGAGACAAUGAUGCACAUUUUAAAAUAAAAGAAUGAUGCACAUUUUAAUAAAGCACAGCAUAAACUGUUCUUUCCA